AAACAAGGUGCAAUACUUAAAAGGUUCCCCUCUUAGUUUCUGCUUCCGCACAGUUGCUGUUGGAGACGUUGGGCUGGGGAGGUGAAAGCUUUUGCGGCGCUGGGCAGGCUGCGAGAUGCCAGGCGGAGGCCGCUGCCCCGACUGCGGUUCCGCAGACCUAGUGGACGACGCGCACUAUUCGCAGAGCCAGCUGGUGUGCUCUGCCUGCGGCUGCGUGGUGACCGAGGGAGUUCUCACUACCACCUUCAGCGACGAGGGCAACCUCCGAGAAGUAACAUAUUCCCGAAGCACAGGGGAAAAUGAACAAGUUAGUCGCAGUCAGCAACAAGGUCUCCGCCGAGUGAGGGACCUCUGUCGGGUUCUGCAGUUGCCAUCCACAUUUGAGGACACAGCAGUUGCUUACUACCAACAAGCAUACCAGCACUCUGGCAUCCGUGCUGCCAGGAUGCAAAAGAAGGAGGUGUUGGUUGGGUGCUGUGUCUUAAUCACCUGCCGGCAGCAUAACUGGCCCCUAACCAUGGGGACCAUCUGCACCCUGCUGUAUGCAGAUUUGGAUAUGUUUUCUGGCACCUACAUGCAGAUAGUGAAGCUUCUGGGGCUGGAUGUGCCGUCUCUGUGCUUGACAGACCUGGUGAAGACCUACUGUAGCAGCUUCAAACUGUUCCAAGCCUCCCCAUCUGUGCCCGCCAAGUACGUGGAAGACAAAGAGAAGAUGCUGUCCCGAACACGGCAGUUGGUGGAGCUGGCAGAUGAGACGUGGCUGGUGACUGGGCGGCAUCCCUUGCCUGUCAUCACUGCUGCUGCUUUCUUGGCUUGGCAGUCACUGCAGCCUGCAGCUCGUCUGACAUGUUCCCUGGCCCGAUUUUGCAAGUUGGCAAAUGUGGACCUGCCCUACCCUGCUCCCUCCCGCUUACAGGAGCUGCUGGCUGUGCUGCUGCGGAUGGCGGAGCAGCUGGCCUGGUUGCAGGUUCUGAAACUUGACAAACGGUCUGUGGUGAAGCACAUUGGUGACCUGCUCCAGCACCGCCACACUUUGAUCCGCAAAGCCUUUCGGGAAGGACCAGCAGAGGUGGAGGCUCGGGAGAAGGAGCUGCAGGGAUGGGGACAGGGGCAAGGGAAAGGGGAAGUGGGCAGUAGUCCUGUAGAUUUGCCAGCGGGGAAGCGACCAGCUAGUCCUGCCCUUCUCCUCCCACCCUGCAUGUUGAAGCCCCCAAAGAGGGUUUGCCCUGCCCCACCUGCCUCCACGGUCACUGGAGAUGAGAGCAUUUCUGAUAGUGAGAUAGAGCAGUACUUGCGUACCCCUCAGGAAGUGCGGGACUUCCAGAGAGCCCAAGCUGCCACAAGUAAUCCUAACCCUCCUUGAUGCACUUUGGGGGUUGAGAGGAACACUUCACCCCAUUCUGACAGCAGCUUGAUAAAAGGCUGUCAUAUGGAGAGAAAUAAGAGUGUACAAGUCCUUAUGUGUUGUCUUUCCUGUUUGAAGGAACCAAGAGGGGCUCUGCAGCUCAUUGGAGCCCAGGUCCUGGAGUAGAAGUCAGAAGGAAUGUAGGGACACCUGGGCUGGGGAGAGUCCCGUUCUUGAGUGUGUAUGUUCAUACUCUGUGGGAAGGCUUUCCUCUUGGACUGUUGGGAGAACGGCAGGCUCUGUCCUGCUCCCGAUUUGAACUGGAUAUGCUGCUGCUGCAGGGCUGACGGGCCUCCCGACUGGCGUGGAGCAGUUGGCAUUUCCAUUGUCCGCCCUCAGGGCAGGGACUGGGCAACUCGUGGCCCUGUGUCCUU